AUGGAGUUAAUAUAUUCAGUGAGACGAAAACCUUUAAAAUGUGAACCGCCACAUUUUGAUGGCACAACUGAUCCAGAAAUAGUGAGACCUAUUUGCACUAUAUCGACAUGUAAUAUUAUUGCUUUCUCUUCACUUACGGAGCUCACAGAUUGUGAUGGUGACACAUGGGGUGGGCAUGUGUAUGUAUGUGACUUAGAUACACCAUGGGAUAGCCAUAAAGUUACAAGCACUAUACACCCUGUAUCAGCAUUAGAAUGGGAUGGAGAAGGCAAGCAGUUAUUAGUGGCAACUACUGUCGGAGAUGUAUCAAUAUUUGGGCAAAAAGAUUUUCUAUUGAAUGAAUGGACUUGCUUAUAUACUGCAAACUUUCCAGGUGAACAUAUAAUAACUGCUUCAUUUUUCCACAAUGGAAGGCGAGUAGUGGCAUUAGAGAAAAAACCAGAUGUACCCAUAUGUGAAAGAAUACAGCAGUUAAGGCCUUCACCCACUCUGAAAGGGUUUGGUGGAGUAGCAUGUACGGGCGCCUGUGUGGUCUCCGGCACGGGCCUGGUGGGUGCAAUCACACCUGGUGAAGGCACACGGGCUUUAGUCUCAACUGACUGUUUGCGAGCAACGAGGGAUUAUGUAUCAGCUGCUAGUAUAGCCCAUAAGAACGGUGGCCUGCUAAUAGCAGCAGCGUGGCGUCGAGCCGGCCGCCGUGGGGUGCGGUGCUGCCGCGGCACGCUCACCCGCAGUGGGGCUGCCAGGGCUGCGCCCGCCACUCUCGCCCUGCAACCCCUGCCCACUGUGUAUCUGGUCGAUGAUGACGUCACACCAUUGUCGAUAUCCUGGUGGCUUCGAGACGACACAGACUGUUUGUUAAUCGCUGGCAACAAUCUCACACUGUGGAAACUUACAGAACGAUCAUAUCCUGUACAUAAGUUGCUGUCUAAAGGUCCAGUUCAAGGUAGUACAACUCCAGGUGGCGGCCCGAAAGUAACGGACUGUUUUAAUACUAUGGCAUGGCAACAGACAGCAGUAUGGCAGAUCGAGGGUGGCGAGUCCGCCACGCACGUGGCCUCGGCCAAGUCAUCGUUCGGCGCCCACGCGGUUCUCGCCACGCCGCGUGCGCUACACCUGCUCGCAAGGGACACACAUCAUUAUCUCGUGUGUAGGCCGAUAGUGACGAGUGGUGCGAUCACGCCAGAAGUUACGGCGGGCGCGGGGACUCCCCCCAAGAAGCCGAAAUAUGGACCUGGAGUUAUUCCUAGCAACGCGUGUCAGUCGCCGGCGCCGGUGUGCUGCGUGUCGGUGUCAACGUUGGGCGGCGUGGCCGUCGCGUUGGAUGCGCGUGCGCAGCUGCACGUGUGCAAGUUGCACAUGCCGCCGCCCGCGCCCGACAUGCCAACCCCACUGUCAGUGCAACAUGUUACGUCGCUUCUGGAAUAUUCCAUGGUGUCCGGCUACGAUUGUUUAGAUGUUCUUAUGACAUUAAAGACCAAUAUUAUUGAAGCGGUAUAUGAAAGAUUGACGGAGAACUUUCAAAGGCAGCCGCAAUCAUUUCAACAGUAUUAUUACCAUAGUUGGUUGAAACUAAGGAUUGCAUUGUGCAGUCUAUCAGCGUCAUGGCAAUGCAGUAGCGCGGCGCUGGCGGCGCUGCAGCUGUGCGGCGCGGCGUGGGCGGCCUGCGCGUGCGCACUGCGCGACGACAAGCCCGACGCGCUCGCCGCGCUGCACUCGCUCGUAGAGGACCACGUAGAUAGCGAUAAGAACCUUCUGUCGCUGGAGGCGAAGCUGGAUACAUCGACCGAGACGCACGCAGCGCUGCAGCCUCUACAAGCGCUGCGCCGGCCGCUGCAGCGAGCGCUGCACACAGCGCUUACAGCGCUGGCAGCGCUACAGCCUACCGCCCACCAGGGCCAGCACCACGGAUACGAACUCUGGUCGGACCCCGCAGCAGUGACGGUAUUAAGGAAGCUGGUGGUCGUGUCGAGAGCGUGCGGUCGCGGGGGCGAAACCCUGAGCCGACCGUUAGCGAGGCUCGCUACUUCGCCACACAAACCGGAUUUAUUGGAGGAGUGUGCAUCACUUUGCGCGAUGGCGACUGCGCGUGUGUGGGACUCUUUGCCGCGGUGUUGUGUGGCGGCGCCUCAUGGCCGGCCAUGGCCUUUGUAUUUUGAAUAUGGCGUUGAACCUGAGUCAUUGCGGUACGUCCCCGAGCCCCCGGCGUAUGCACAGUCUGACAUAACGCCGUCGUUAGACAUGGACUCCAUAAGAUACAUGUACUUGGGUGGGGGACGGCGUGCGGCGCGUUGGAGGCAGUGCGGGCGCUGUGGUGCUCGCGCUCUGCCCGCGGCUAGGCCUUCGCGCCACCCGCUGCAGCGAGCGUAUGACGGCAGAUUCGUUGCCGCUUGCAGGUGUGGUGGAAAAUGGACGCUAGUUUCUAAUGUA